AUGUCAGCUUCAAACGCUGGACCUGCUAUCCUUGGCGCGGGUAUCUUCGCUAAGGAAGCACACCUUCCCGCACUGCAAACGCUUGGCCCUCCCGCACCAAAGCUCAAAGCGGUUUACUCACGAUCGGAGAAGAGCGCUCGUGAACUCGCUGCCCAAGCAACAGCCCUCCUCGAUACUACCCCUGAUCCGUCGAUUGUGUUGAGAGCACUCGCUGCCGGUAAACACGUGCUAAGCGAAAAGCCCGUUGCAGCAGACGCGGCAUCUGGUGUCAAAUUGAUCGCUCAGUAUGAAGCCCAGUAUAAGCCCAAGGGGCUCGUAUGGAGAGUAGCCGAAAAUUGGGAGGCUGAGCCAGGCCACAUUGCCGCUGGCCGUGCUAUCGCAGCCGGCAAGAUAGGAAAAGUCACCUUCUUCAGCUCCCGUACUGUUAACUUCAUGGACCAGGGUACCAAAUGGUAUACCUCGACAUUUGGACUGUGCCCCCGCUUCAAUCGGAUUAGCAUCAAGGAGGUUUCGUGCUCGAUACAGGUGUGCCCUGAAAAGGAGGAGGUUAUUGAUGAACCACUCAAAGGGAUAGAAUUGGAGCAGGCGAGCUUUUUUGCAGCAUUAAAAGGAAAAGAUGACGGUCUUGGUAGCCCCCUCAGUGCACUGAAGGACGUCGCAGUUAUAGAGGCUGCCUUGACUAGUGGUGGAGAACCCAUCGAUCUUGAGAAACUCCUCAGCCAGUUCUAG